GAACUCACUGUAUGUAGAUAUGGGAGUCGACUCUCAGAGAACCGAUUCGUUCUUGAAUGACUCGUGGGUUCGGAUCAGCCACACCACACACACAGACACACACCGUGUCUCGUGAACGGUUUAACUGCUUCCUGCUUCUUAUUAAUUCCAGAUUAAAAGGUCCGUAAUGGCAGGAUGCAUCAAUCAAGGAAACGUGAAGUUUUCAAACAUCUUCCGUAAGGAGACCAGCAGGUACAGGGACCUGACCCAGGAUCAGGAUCAGGAUCAGAUCAUCGAUGGUCAUGAGAUCUCAGUGGAGCUGAAGUCCUCGUCCGAGGGAGGAGAGGAAAUGGACGGAUCUUUCGCUCAGAGACAGCGUAAACCGAACAGGAAAUGGAGCAAAGUGGCCAAGAUUGCGCUCAUCGUUAUCUUCUUCUUUAUUACUGGUUACCUUAUUGGUUAUGUGACGCCCCACAACCCUGACGUCACCGUGAACACCACAGACUCCAUGGAGACUUCAAUCUCUGCUACUGAAGUCGCUGACGAAGAGCCGGAGUCUGAACUGAAGGACAACGAGCCCUCUCAGAGCUUUGCGGACUGGAGCAGUGUCAGGGUCGCGCUGAGAGAGAAACUCACAACUGCAAACUUCCACAAAUCCUUACAGGAGUUUUCCUCUCCGAACCAUCAGGCCGGCAGUGAGGGAGAUCACGACCUGGCGGAGAAGGUGUUGGCGAAGUUCAGGAAUCUGGGCAUGGACACGUGGAUGGAUGUGCACUACGUGAAGCUGCAGGUGCCGUCCGGGGAGAACAAAGUGUCGAUGGAGGCUGAGGAGAUAGGAAGACCAAAAGGGUAUUUAGCGUACAGCGCAACGGGAACCAAACAGGGAAAGGUGGUGUACGCUAACUACGGCCGAAGAGAAGAUCUGGAGAACCUUCAGAACCAGAGACUGAACCUGACGGAGAACAUCGCUCUGGUGAGAGCUGGAAAGAUCAGCCUGGCUGAGAAGGUCGCGAACGCCGCACGCUUUGGUCUAGCUGCGGUUCUGAUCUAUCGGGAGCCGAACAAUGAGGGCGAACUCAACGCAGAGUUCUUCGGCCAGGUUCACCUCGGAACUGGAGAUCCUUACACUCCGGGGUUUCCUUCCUUCAACCACACCCAGUUCCCUCCUUCUAAAUCCUCCGGUCUCCCCGAGAUUCUGGCUCAGACCGUCACCGCGGAAAUGGCUCGCAAAAUCCAUCUGAAGAUGGGAGGAAAGGACGCGCCCAAAGAGUUUGCAGGAACGCUGCCGGGCGUCUCUAAAUACAUGCUGGGAGGAGAGACGGACGUCACCGUGACGAUUAAUAACGUCCUCGCCGACACCAAGAUUUUCAACAUUUUUGGAGUCAUUAAAGGCUUCAUGGAUCCAGAUCGCUACGUGGUGCUCGGCGCUCAGAGAGACGCGUUCAGCCAUGGGUUCGCCAAGUCCACCGUUGGCACGGCGCUGCUGGUGGAGCUCGCCACCGCCGUCAGGGACAUGAUGAAAGAUGGAUUUAAGCCGAGGAGGAGCAUCGUGUUCGCCAGCUGGAGUGCUGGAGAUUUCGGCAGCGUCGGUUCUACAGAAUGGCUUGAGGGUUAUAUCUCCUCUCUCAACCUCCGAGCCUUCACCUACAUCAGCCUGGACUCCACCGUGUCUGGUAUAAAGCAGUUCAAAGCCUCCUCCAGUCCUCUGUUACACAAACUCCUGAAGAACACAAUGGAUGAGGUGAAGAGUCCUCUGCAUGUGAGUAGAUCCAUCUCUGAGGAUUUCGCUGGCUCUAAAUGGGAGCAGUCAGUUCUGGAGCCCAUGAGGAUGGACGACGGAGCGUAUCCUUUCCUGGCCUUCUCUGGAAUUCCCUCCGUCUCCUUCCGCUUCGUCUCAGACAGCGACUUUUCUGGAACAGAUCUGGACACCAGAGAAAAUCUUGACGCGGCCACCGAGCAGAAGCUUCUGGAAGUCUGUGUGUCUGCAGCUCGGUUUGCGGGACAGAUGGCGCUCCGGCUCGUCCACGAUCACAUCCUCAAUCUGGACGUAGAUGAGUACACGCGCAUCAUCAGGAAGAACGUGCGUGGGAUCGGAAAGCAGAUCAAACAAGUUGCAGCAAUUAAUUCUAACGCAUCCUUUGCGCUGAAAGAUUUCUGGCUGUCCUCCGUGAUUGGAUCAUAUUCUCGUGCCGCUUUGGCUCUGCACAACGAGAUUAAGAACAGUGACCUGGACGUCGCAGAGACGUGCCGCAACAUCAACGACCGCAUCAUGAGGGUGGAGCACAACCUUCUGUCUCCGUACGUCUCCCCGAGAGACGUCCCGUUCCGUCACAUCAUCUUCGGCUUGGGUGAUUACAGCAUCAGCGCUCUGCUCGAGCACCUCGGAUCUCUGACGCAGCAGGCUGUGGGUUCUGACGCCGAUCUGUUCCGGAACCAGUUUGCGCUGAUUACCUGGACCAUCCAGAGCUGCGCUAACGACCUAGCGGGAAACGUCUGGGCUCUGGACAACCUCAUCUGAUCAUCAGUGGCUCUGCCUCGAGGCGCGGUCUGAUCCAGCAGCACGAACCAACAAAACGUUACAGUAACGGUCCACUUUUAAGUGAAAUAUAAUUUAAAUAAAUCACACCUACGGUAUUAUUACAGGUUUGGCUAAUAAUCUAAUGCUAAUGUUAUAAAGAUGAUUGAUUAGAUAAUUAACCCGACAUUUACAUUGAGGUUUAGUCGAUAAUCAUUUAUUGCUGGACGAUGUGAUACCAAAAUGAUAUUGCGAUAUAUACCUCAAAUGCCGUAGUUUAUCAUCAGCUGCUUGAGAACACACUGAAACAAAUCCAUGGUUAACCUGAUUUGUUGUUUGUUACAUUUGGUUUCCCAAUUUAUAAUUUUUUUUUAUUGUGAAUGAUUCCAAGUAUUGCAAUAUGAUAUUUGUUGCCAUAUCGUCCAGCCUUAGCGUCAUGUAUUUAUUUCCGUUAUUACUAAAUCCUGCUGAAUUUCUUUACUUGAUUUAAUUUCGGUCGUUGUAGGUCAAAUAAUCUAAUAAUUGGCAGGAAUUUUACGUUUGUAGUAGUAAUAACAGUAUUAAUAUUAUGCUAUAUAUAUAUAUAUAUAUAUAUAUAUAUAUAUAUAUAUAUAUAUAUAUAUAUAUAUAUAUAUAUUAUAUUAUAAAUAUAAAACAAUAUUUAUAAUCAGCAAAAAUAACCUGUUAAGCACACAGUUUGGAACGCGUGUACUUGUUUCUCAGGUUCUGACUUGAUGUUUGGUUUAAACCUGGACAGCUCCAUCGUGUCCUGACGCAUCAGAAUUAAAAAGCUAAUCCGAUAUUUCAUUCUGCUUUGUUCACUAGCACUCAGGUCGAAAUUCCAAUCUAAAUCCCUCGCAGGGGGAAAAAGCACUGCUUUCGGAUGAUCUGACUUGUGAUUUCGACCCAUUUUGCACGGAGAGAAAUGUGUUUUGUUUGUCAUUAUUUAUUUAUCAGUGACAGUGUUCACUAUAAACGUGUUUUUUUUUACAUUAUCGGAAGCAGUGCCUUCCAUAAUUGUGACGGUUAUACUGUCAAUUUAUAAAAGCAGCAUCUGCUCUGAGGAAUCCGUGUUACCAAACAAGCCGUCAGCAGAAAUCAGCGCAUGCUCAUCAUCUUCCACAGCGUGUAGGAACUCGUCCAUGUGACAGAAAGCUGCUGUUAAAAUUGUAGUUUAACGACAAAGAUUCUGGAUAUUUGGCGUUGUUCUUUGUCGCAGCAGUUUUGUUACAAAAAUUAGCGAUUUGGCGGAAAUGCUCUCGGCGUGUGCUGACGUAAAAUGACUAUCGUGUGAUUAUAUUAACUUUAAAAAUUAUCACAAAUUUUAUUCUGGAUUCGACUGGACUUCUCUUCAGCUAAAUUGCUCUAAAAUAUUGUGAUUUUAUACCAUAGUGUUGGACAGAGCGGAAGGUGUCGAUUAAUUUUCUAUAACAGCAGAUCUGACGGUUCUGAUCUUGAAUAUUCUAAUCUUUCUUGUUACUAAUGUGUGUGCCUGAAAUCCCCUUAAAGUAUAUUUCAAACAGUUACGAUGAUGGUAAUUCCACAUAAAUCCUCGAAAUGCUCAGCCACACGCUCUAAGGAGAAAUCUCGGACUGACGCGCAGCAACAAACUUCCCCCGCCACCUAGUGACAGAGUAAUAAGAAUCAACUUUGCAGGGGUGUCCGUAACUUCUCUUCAUCACCUGGUCUGUUUAAUUCUCAGCACAUGCCCGUUAUCAUAGCCGAGCGUGUAGUGAUUUCUGUGACGAAGCUUGUAUAUUUUGGAACAUAUUUCUCAUUCUGAAACAUUAUCGGGAGCAGUGUCUUCCAUAAUGCACUGUGUGAAGGUAGUUUUUGUCUACCAGUGUGUAUUUAUCGGGGGCAGUGUCCCUCAUAUUUCACUGUAGGGUGGAGUCAAUUAUCGGGAACAGUGUUUCCCAUAGUUUUUUACAUAUUUAUGUUCACGUUCUGCUGUAUUUGUGUGACUUUUUUGUGCUGUGUGUGUGUGUGUGUGUGUGUAAUCUCUGAAGAAAUAUCAGCAUUUCUCCUGUGGCACUUUUCAGCUGGUCAGCAUGGGUUUACGUUAUGAACUGAUAAAUGUUUAAAAUCAUUCCAGUUUCAUUAUCAGUGAUCACCAGGAGAAAUGUGUACACGGAUAUUUGCAUUUAGUGGCUGUGCUAUUUUUUACAUUUAUUAUUUAUUUUUUUUCAAGCUUUUUAGUUUCCAGAGUGUGUCUCUUAAGGGUGCUUUCACACCUAUUGAGCCGUGUGUCGAGUCUGAAUCAGAGUGAAAUUGAUUCUUUUGAUUCGUUUGCUACAGUGUUGGGGUUGAUGUGCUUUUCAUUUUUGUUAAACAAAUAAAAACAAAUAACCGUUGUUUGAGGGGUGUGUAGGGUGAAAGCUUGUUAUUUGGAUAAGAAAUACAGUUACAGAUCAUUAUUAAAUAAUUAAAUAAUGAAAUAAAUGAGUAGUUUAAAAUGUUUUGAAUGGGUUUUCUCCAGAUCUUCAGAGCACACCCGUUUCUGCAGCGCUACAGCUCUGCGCUUUCGUUCCAUUCAGCUGCUUGCAAAAAUCUACACAAAAACGCUGCGACUCAAAACACACGACUUGUUUGAUUCAGAAUCGAAUCACUUUCCCCACUGCACUAGAGUUCACACGACACGCUGCAGAUGUGAAAGCACACUUAAUAUACCACUUCUUCAUUUCAGUGGUUGUGCAGAAGAAAUCCGCUGUAGUUUAAUCCGGGUUUGUUAAAAGCAGCUUCUUCUUUUAGGCGGAAACGAUUCCCUCUCUCACCCUUCUCUCUCUCUCUCUCUCUCUCUCUCUCACCCUCUCCCUCUCUCAGCUUAAACAUUUCUGAAAGCAUGACGCAGCUCUUAGAAGCAGUACUAGGGAAAUUUUGAGAAUUUAUUUGCAUGCAUUAGUUUAAUUAAUUUGGACAAUACAUUAUAAGAUUGUGAUUAGAUAUGAAUUAAUAAUCUCUUCACACUAUGGCUUUAAAUAAGAAAAUUAAAUGGCUUCCAAAAAGAGCAGAAAUGUUCAUAUGUCGCGCUUCUUUACACUGUUGAUGUAAGCUGUCUCUUUUGAGCUCAGUAAGUGAGGACUGUGGAUAUAUUCCGUUAUGAAUUCUACACUCUUAUUAAAGGGGUUCUGAAAGGAAAACACUGUUGCAGGGUUUAACAUGGAACCUUUGGGGCUUAAACACUGGGGCUUAAACAUUGUAAGGUGAUGGAUGAAUCUUUCUUUUUCUUUUGGAAGAGUGUAUGAAUUGGAAAUGUUUGUCUGAUCUUUCUGUGUUCUUUUUUUUCCCGUCCAAUAAAUGUGUUCUUGCGUUUAA